AUGGUAUACUCUUCAAGAGUGAUGGCAGCCUGGAGGCAGCCGCCCAAGGUCUCGCUAGACACCUCUCCUUCUCCUCACACUACCCAACCUACGACGCCGACGUUACCACCACUGAUCAAGCGAAGACGAUCCUCCUCUUCAUCAGAUGACUCUUCUCGUUCUUCCUGUUCCUCUUUCUCUUCCUCUUCGUCAGACUGGCAUAGCGAAUCACCGCCACCUCGGCGCAAGGCAGGACUACCAUCAUUCGAAAGGUUGGAGGAUGGAGACAUCCUCUACCUACCAGCCACACCAAUCCCAUCAUCCUCCAUCAUCAGGAAGCAUCCGAACCAGAGCGAGGUUGAAAACCACCUUGUCGUUGUUCUUGGGAAGAGAAGAUAUCAUGGCAAAUACAUCGUCUCUUUCCGGCAAUUCACCACCUUCCAUGACAUAUCAGUCGAGGAAAAGAAACCUGGGCGCCAGCGGGGUUUCUUCAUGCUGUGCGAUAACGACGAAAGUAUGACAACAGAAUCGACCAACCCAAUAGCCAGGAUGGCCUUGGGUCUGCCGCUAAAGAAGCGGAGCUAUAUCAAUCUUUCGCCCAACUCUCUGUUCGAAAUAGAGUACGAAUACCUUGACUCUUUUCACAACACACUGCGGAGACCCAAUGCUGAAUCAGUCGCAUUCAUCAAGAGAGCACGGUGA